UGUGUAAUCCUCCAUGGACGGUGAGCAGCUCCUCUCCAUCAUCAUCUGCGGGAAAAUGCGAGCGAUGGUCGGGAAGAAAAUGUCAACCCGGGCUGCUCCCCCUCUCCCGCAGACAUGAGCGGGCCCCCGUCUGCCUCCUCGGCCCGCAACAAGUCGCUCUCACCAUGCGGAUCCACUGCAAAGUAGUUGUGAUCGCCGUGUGCUUCGGAGUUUUCCUACUUUUGUACUUUUUGGGGGGCAACGCCGCGGUCGAUCCGCUGCUGAACGAAGUUGUGCAGGAGAAGGAGGAGGACCGCAGGACUUCCCCGUCGCCCGCCCAGCCCGGACGCGAUGUCUCGGCGAAGUUUGCCGGGAAAGCUUCCGCGCGAGUCGCCGUGCGCUCGGAGGAUCCACCCGGGGGACGGAAGGAGGCGAAGGCGCUGGUCGGAGGCGGCAGCGUGCAUGUGAAGAGUAAACAACGGAGUGCCGUGGCCCGACCUGCGAUGAGGCGCACUCGGGCUGAGGAGUUCAUGCACUUGGCUGUGGUGGCUUGUGGGAGUCGUCUGGAUGAGACCAUGACCAUGGUCAAAUCAGCCCUCCUGUUCAGCCUCAAGAAGAUCAAGUUUCACAUUUUUGCAGAGGACCCCUUGGCCCCACAGUUUGAAGAAAGGCUGAACCAGUGGCCCCGCUCCAUCUCAGCCAGGUUCCAGUACACCAUCUACCCCAUCACCUUCUCCGUGGGGAACGCCGACGAGUGGAAGAAGCUCUUUAAGCCCUGCGCUGCUCAGAGACUCUUCCUCCCCGUCAUCCUGAAGGACGUGGACUCGUUGCUCUAUGUGGACACAGAUGUCCUCUUCCUGCGGCCCAUGGAUGACAUCUGGAGUCUCCUGAAGUCCUUUAACAGCAGCCAGCUCGCAGCAAUGGCUCCAGAGCACGAGGUCCCCAAGAUUGGCUGGUACAGCCGCUUCGCACGCCACCCUUUCUACGGCGUCACAGGGGUGAACUCCGGUGUCAUGCUGAUGAAUCUCACCAGGAUCCGCGGCACACUGUUCAAAAACAGUAUGAUCCCCAGUGGCCUGUCGUGGGAGGAUCUUCUACAUCCACUCUACCAGAAGUACAAGAACCACAUCACGUGGGGAGACCAGGACCUGCUCAACAUUAUCUUCCACGACAACCCAGAGUGUCUCUUCAUAUUCCCCUGCCAGUGGAACUACAGGCCUGACCACUGUAUGUAUGGCAGUAACUGUAAAGGGGCUGAAGAGGAGGGUGUGUCCAUCCUCCACGGCAACCGCGGCGUCUACCACGAUGACAAGCAGCCGGCCUUUAAAGUAGUCUAUGAUGCAAUACAUGAUUUUCCCUUUGAGGACAACAUGUUUCAGUCGCUCUUCUACCCCAUCCAGAGCAAGUUCCUGGACACAGUCAACACCCUGUGUGGCAGAAUCCCUCAAGUUUUCCUUAAGCAGAUAGAGAGGACCAUGAGGAAGAUGUUUGAGGAGAAUGUGGUCAAACACAUCAGACCGCACAAAUAACCGAUGGAGAGAGAGGACUCCUGUGUUUUUUUCAGACAAUGCCAAGGACCGUCCUGCUGUGCAUUAUGUGUCAAACCAGCAUCUCCCAAACAGGACUGGCGUCUCAGCGUUUACAGUGUAUUCAACACAUGACACUUCAUGGGAAAAUGGUCUUAUGAGCAAUAUGACCCUCUAGUGAUGGCGUGGGGAAUAAGCCUAUUGUGCACACAGAAGCAUACAGUGCUGGUCAGUGAUGCUGUAGAAUAGGUUUCACAUACUGCCGUCUUAUGAUGUUCACAUCCCAGUUAUAUGAGUGGUGAUGAAGUGAAUGAGAAUGUUGGAAAGUUACAGUGGCGGAACAGACAAUGGAUUCUUUUUCAAGAAUUAUUAUUAUUAGCAUCAGGUCUUCAUCUCAAGUGUAAAAGCGAAAAUGAAAGUAUAUUUUUGUCAAUCCAGUGUUUUGACAAAAGUAUCUGCCUUCCUUAUUUUUCCUCAUGAACAUAGUAUCCACCAAAACAAGGUCAACUUUUGGCUUUGGAAAGCUUUACUACCGAGAGUAGUAAAUUCUGAACCACUCCUUUAAAAAUCAUGUGAAUGUUUUACCAGCAAAUAACUUGAACCAUGAGCCUGACUAAAUGAGAGGAGCUGUGUGUUACUGCUCUGUUCUGCAGUAGCCAAAUGCCACUGACAGUAUUGAAUACAGGUCAACAGAGCAAGUAUGGACUUUCAUGUUACACACAGAAUGUUGAAAUGCACUUUCAAGAAUGAUAUUAGGACUGGAUGGUUGUUUGUACACACACACACACGACAUGAGACGCCGCACUGUCAGAGUGAAUCAAUACCAAAAGUGCUCGCGUUUAAGAAGUGACAUACUACAGCAGUUUAUGUGCCAUAUAUUCACGUCUGCCAUGUUUGCUAUUAUAAGAAAACGAGUGGUAUAGACGUGUGUGUUUGAGUGGGUAUCUAAGUUUGUAAAAUAAAGUAUGUUGUGUUGUGAACACAUGGGUCAUAUGUUUUAGCAGCAUUACUUUAAAUGUGGCUGAAUUGUCUACAGGUAUCAAAUGAUUCAAACUGGAAACUGAAAAUGGCUGAAAAGUCAUCGUGUGUUUCUGAAAUAAAACAAUGCAAUGUC